GGAUAACACGUGUUUAUUCGCACCAUUUCUUUCGAAAACCAGAAAGAAUCCUGGAAAUCCAACUACAAUUUCCCUACCACUAUGAGAACAAUGCCUCUCAGCUAGUAUAAGAUACUUGCUUUUGGUGAAGCAGAAUCACAGACAACUGUUCUUUGAGUUGCAAAGUAUACAUAAUUCUCGUUAGUAAAGCAUUCCAAUCUACACGUUGUAGCCAAAACCUCUGUUAUAAUGGUGUCUUCGAAAGUCAUGGUGGCAGCUCUGAUGGUGCUUCUUGUGACAGUGCAGUUGAUGGAAACUGAAGCCGUGGACUGCAGUGCUAUGCGACAUAGACACAACUUAUAUGCGACCAAGAUUAUCAGUAUGUUCAAUGGUUAUCCGGGCUCUGUACGUCACCAGUUUUUCAAAGGCUGGAGCAGAAUUGCGGUACCGAUCACAUACUCGCAUACUCCUUGUUACUCUACUCUUAAUUCCAUUUCAAGAUCUUGGCCAGUUAUCAUCCAGAUAACUAAACUAUAUCAGAAAACAUUCUUCACAUCGCAUUCUAGUAGAGCACUGCAAUGUCCGUUUGCAGCAAAAAAUGUAGCUAACUCUACCACGUUAGGGAGCAUCAGAUAG